AUGCAUCCUUCACAAUUUCCCGACGGAGGGCUUCAAGCCUGGCUCGUCGUUUUGGGAGGCUUCAUUGGCCUCAUUGUUAGUUUCGGAUGGAUUAAUUGUGUCGGUGUAUUCCAAGAAUACUACCAAAGUAACCAGCUCAAGGACUAUUCCUCACAAGAGGUUGCUUGGAUUCCCAGUUUAGAAGCCUUCAUGAUGUUCUUCGGCGGCCUCUGGAUCGGCCGACUAUAUGACAAUUAUGGCCCUACCUACAUCCUGGCGGGUGGAGCAUUCUUCCACGUCUUCGGACUCAUGAUGGCAUCGCUCUCCACAAAAUACUACCAACUGAUUCUGGCCCAAGGAGUCUGCUCACCCUUGGGCUGCUCAAUGAUCUUCUAUCCAUGCAUGUCUGCAACCGCAACCUGGUUCUUCAAGCGCCGAGCUCUGGCACUUGGGCUUGUUGCUAGCGGCUCUUCCAUCGGUGGUGUCAUCCUCCCCAUCAUGGUUCAAAGGCUGAUUCCCCAAAUUGGCUUCGGCUGGACUAUGCGCACCUGCGCUUUCUUGAUCCUCGGACUUAUGGCCAUCACGGUCUUCACAGUCAAGAGCCGUUUUCCGCCCAUGGCUAAGCCGGUCAAGUUACAAGACUUCGUCGAACCCUGGAAAGAGGUGCCAUUUGCUUUACUCUCACUCGGAAGUUUCUUUGCUUUCUUGGGUAUCUUCAUCCCUUUCACGUUCGUCAUCGUCGCCGCCCGCGGUCGCGGCGUUCCAGAAGACCUUGCAAAAUACCUCGUCGCAAUCCUCAAUGCGAGCUCAACCUUUGGACGUACCAUCCCGAACUACUUUGCAGACAAAGUAGGCCGCUUCACCGUCUUUGUUGGCUUUUGCUUCAUCACGACAAUCUUUUUGCUUGGAAUCUGGCUGCCGGUCUCGGGCACCGGCGGCAUAGUCACAUUUACGGUUCUCUUCGGUUUCAGCUCUGGUGCUGUCUUCAGUCUUCUACCUGCCUGUUUGGCACAGAUCAGCGACAUCCAGAAGAUUGGCGUCAGGAACGGAGUUUUGUUUAGCGUCAAUGCUGUGGCGGUCUUGAUCGGCAGCCCGAUCGGAGGAGAGCUGAUCAGCCACGAUCACGGUAAAUUCAGGACCAUGCAAGGCUUCAGCGGUGCUAUGUUGGCUGGUGGCUUCAUUGUUUAUCUGGUGCUUUUUAUUAAGCUUGGAGGAUUGAAAAGGCGUGUCAAGGUGUAA